AUGUGCUCCUUCCCUCGACGCCUGCCUUCGGAAGCCUUCUGCCGCGCUGGGGCCGCAGACAGCGCAGGCGGCGCGCGCGCGGGAGUACGCGCGCGCGGCCUGCGGGGCCGGCUUACCACCGCGCGAGCCGGUCCGACCUCGGGCGGACUCUGGCCGGCGGGGCGGCGCGAGCCACGGCGGGCAUGGGAUCGCUCCCGGCAGAGGCGCAGGCUGUCAUUCCGCUGGAGCCCCUUGAAGAUGCGCAGU